AUGACAGAAGUGGAGGCGCCUCCGGAACGCUACACUCUUCUAAAAUCACUAAGUACCCCCGCGCACAUCGCCUCCUUGGCUUUCGGACAUGCAGGGCACCUAUUUGCGGGCUCUGACGAUGGAUCCCUCCGCAUCUACGAUUUAUCGUCCUUCAAGGUUCUGAAGGCAGUUCGUGGCCUUGCCUCCGAAGUCUCGUCCAUCGUAUGUGUAAAGCGGGCAGGUUCAGAAAUGCGAGAUGCUUGGGUUGCGCAUGGUCGACAGAUAUCUAAAUUUCGAUUGGAAUCUCCAAAGAUGAUCCAGAAUCCUGAAGACGCCCUCGUUACGAUUGACGUGGCUGAGACCGAUGUCGAUGUUUUGAAUGAGCUUGCUCUGAAUAUGAACAAGAGCCAUCUAGCGUUCACCCUUGAUUCUGGAUAUGUUGGAGUCAUCGACUUGUCGACGAACGCCGUCACGAGAAUGGAAACCAAGCACGAGAGCGUAUGCGGCUCUGUGAAGUUCGUCCCAGACAGACCCCGAGAACUAGUCAGUGGCGGAUACGACACAGUUCUCCUUCACUUCGACUUUUUUCAAGGCAAAGUCCUAUCACGUCGCCAAAUGGAUCCAUACAGCGUUGAAGGAGGAAUGGCACUCUCCCCUCCUUUUGUUAUGUCUAUGGCCAUGUCCUGCAGCGGUGUGAUUGCAGCGGGUACUGCUGAUGGCCGACUCUUCAUAGGUUUUGGAGGCGAAAGGAAUUUCACGCCUACCAAAGGACUGAAAAAGAAAGCCAAGAAAUACGAAGGAUUGGACGAGGAUGAGACUCUGCUGAUUAAAGUUGCGGAAGGUCCCAUUGUGGCAAUGGCUUUCUCUGAGUCUCGAACGUUGACCGUGUCCACGUUGAUGGGCGUUUUGACUCAGUACAAUCUCAUCUACGAGGAGGAUGCAGGCAGCGUGGUGCUGCAACAGGUGUGGCAAAAGGAGAGCCCAGGACUGGAGAAGGUCAAUGCUUUGAUUGCAGACGAAAAAAGGGUCAUCGUAGGUGGUUUUGCAAAAGAUGGGCAAGGGGCUAUCGAGGUCUGGAAGCAAAAUGCGUCAACAGCAAAUAUCGUUGAGGCACCAAAGACGUCUGAGUAG